CGCCGCUCCCUUCCGUUCCCAAUGGCUUCUCAAGCUCCUGGCCUUGGACAUGGAGGCUCGCAUCGCCAACGCCCGGCAAUCAAAAAGACCUUCACAGACAUCCUGGGAUCUCAACCAAGCGAAGCCCAGAAUAGAAUCGGAAGAUACAGAGGAUUCCCUGUUGUCUCCUUCACCCCAGAUGAGGUAAUUUCCCUUUCAAUCCCAUACCAGUUCGCACUUGUGGGUCGGUUCUUGAAAUCAAGACCUCCUCUGGAGGUUAUCCGUAAAAGCUUUGAGCAGAUAGGGUUCAAACCAGGUUUCACCGUUGGAUUACUAUCUCCUUCCCUGAUUCUUAUAAAUUUUGAAUGCACAAUUGAUUAUCAACGUUGCUUCUCAAGAAGGCUGUGGAAUAUCAAUGGAAGCCAGAUGGUGGUGACCAAAUGGACCCCUUCUUUCCAUGCUGACUCUAAGAGCCCUGUUUUUCCGAUUUGGGUGUCUCUAACCCAUUUGCCCAUCCAUCUUCAAGAUGCUAAGGCCUUGCACUCCAUUGCGAGCUCCAUCGGUCACCCAUUGAUGAUGGAUGCAUAUACAGCAGCAAAAACUAGACCAUCAAUGGCCAGAUUCUGCGUCGAGAUUGAUAUUUCUAAAGACCUCCCAAAGAAAAUAUGGAUUGAUGAUGGCGGGUUGGGAUUCUUCCAACUGGUAACCUAUGAAAACCUACCAGAAUUCUGCAUUCAGUGUAAAAAGUCCGGCCAUUUAGAUGGAAAAUGCUCAACUAUGGACAACCUUAUUUCCAAGAAUGAAUUGUCCAAGAACAACCUGUCAAAAACCUGGUGCCCCAUUUCCAAGCAUGAAGUGUCCAAGGAAAAUUUGCCAAAAACAGCUGCUAUGAUGAUAGAGCCCAUUCUCAAUAUCCCAUGUGAGUUGGGUCCCAAACUUGACAGCAAAACUUCAUGUGAUACGAACCUGACUGACCCAAGCACGGCAGGACAUGAGAAGUCAGAGGUAGACCAUCAUGUCUCGGAUUUAUCCCCAGAGCCUAAGGGAGAUGAACUCACACCUCAAGAAGCUAUGGAGAUUAACCUCACUGCCUUUUGUAAAGAGGACAAUCCCAAUACUCAAGCUCUAAAUGUUCAAAGUGAUUUUCCAACUGAUAGCCACAAUGACGUGCAAAAUUCUGGUGCUGAAUCUGGAAAAGAACUGUUAACUACCAAUACUGCAGCUGUUGUUAAUCAGGAUGGAGUGUGUGAUCCCACUGAUGCUACUGUUUCUGAUGAAGUAGAUGAGCAAUCAGAAGCUGAGGCCCAAUAUGAUAUGGAAAAGCUAACUAAGGAAGCAGAUCUGGAACAUACACAAGAACAAAUAAUUGAGGAAAGCAUGGAUGGUAUGACUGCACAAAAUGCUUAUUGUGUAGGAAAUACUAUCAACUUGGAUGAAUUUCCAGUACUCACAAGACAGAAUAUUGAGGAGGAUGUACACACUCCAACCGAGAAUGUGGAGACGGUUGUACACACUCCAACCGAGAUAGAGAAGGAUGACACAACAGGGACUAUAACGCUGAUGGCUGAAGAUACAACAAAGGAAACCACAUCACCAAACAUUCCAGAUACCAACAUAGGUCCGAUCCUCCACUCUUUUGAGCUUGAAGUACUGGCAUUUCUUGUGGUUGAUCAUUUGACCUGUGGCCAUUUCAUAGUCCUUAAGGAGUUUGGAGAAUUUGUUGGCAAGACAUAUGGGUCUGAAAUCAUCAAAGGUCUUAGGAUUUUCCUUCUUAGGAAUGAGGAUAAUGGUCGUAUUCCCCAUGCUCUUGGGGAGGUCAGGCUUUCGUGCGCCUACUACAGUGGGCCCGUCCAGGAAACUUUGGGAUCCAACGGGUUUUCAUCAAGUGGGCUUUGUAGAAUGAGCCAAGCAGCAAGCAACGAUGGGCAGGCUGUCCCACAUGGGGAGCCUGAGCACGUGAGUGCACACAAAAGCGUCGACCUUCACAACUUCGCAGGUCCCAGAGCAGGCAGCCCUGGGCGCGGGGAACCUGAGGGUUCCACACAGGAUCAUCGUGGCGACCUCGCAGUCGCAUUACUCCAGGAUUCCACUUACGACUGGUGGAAGCGCGUGGGAGCAGACGUCCCUGAGCCCGUGCAGUGGGCCACAUUUGAUCGACUCUUCCACGAAGAGUACAUUCUAGAGCACUUCGUCGAGGCAAAGCGAGAGGAGUUCCUGAAGUUCACCCAAGGCGAACUCACACUACCUGAGUAUCGUCAGAAGUUUGACGAGCUCGCGGGGUUUGGGCAAGACCUCAUCCCAACCAUGGAGAAGCGGUGCAAGCGCUUCGUGGAGGGCCUACGCCGCAACUUAUCAGCUCAUUUGAUCACUGCCCCUCGGGUUGACAUCAACGCAAUGUUCAAACAUGCGGUGGACAUGAAUACAGUCCUUGUCAAGAAGGCCGAGUACGUGCAGGCCCAAACGACGCAUCCUCGUCCACCUCCGCGUAGCUUAAGCAGCAAGAGGUCUCCCUCCGUGCCAAGCAGCUCGCACGCAAGCAAGAAGACCAAGUCAACACCUGUCCCGUCACUAGCACCUACACGGGAGAGCGGGAAGAACCCGAGUCAGAGCGGAUGCCGGUACUCGAUCUGCACCCAUUGUGGUCAAAGGCACCCCGGAGAGUGUUGGUUUACUCAGGGUUUGUGCCUUGGGUGUGGUCAGGCCGGGCAUUUCCGUACGGACUGCCCGACGAACCCCGGCGAGGCAUUUAAGAUAGCACCCGCAGCUCCAGCCCCAGCCGCCUAGCCCGCUCAGAGCCAAAGAUCGAUAGCAGCGUCCAGCUAGCCCAAAAGGCCGAUGCCGAGCGCUCAGCUAGGAGGCUCCAGCUCGCACAUACGCAAAGCACGGACGCACUGAGUAGUUCGCACAUGACGUGAUCAUGGGUAUGUUCACAUUAUUCGACACCUCCAUAUCUGUUUGAGUUGGCAUAGGAUUUACCUUGUCC